AUGAACACAAUGGCUUCGAAACCCAAUGUUGCAUUUAUCGGGCUGGGUGCUAUGGGGAUAGGAAUGGCCAUACACCUGCUCGACGACGGAUUUCCCGUAACCGGCUUUGAUGUCAAUCCCAUGGCUCUGGAAAGACUGCUCGCCAUGGGUGGUAUACCUGCUACUAGCCCAAUAGAGUGUGUUCGGGAUGCAUCGCUUAUUGUCUGCAUGGUUGCGAACUCUACACAGACCGAAGAUGUAUUCUUCGCCGACGCGACGGGCGCAGUCUUUGGCUUGGCACAAAACGCGGUUGUGGUAUUGUGCUCAACUGUUGCUCCGGGGUUUCCAGUGAAGCUCCUGAACCGCAUUCAUCGAGAAUUUCAAAGAUCAGACAUUGAAUUGGUGGAUUGCCCUGUGUCUGGUGGAACGACACGCGCCGCUCGAGGAUCGCUGACCAUUCUCUCGUCGGGCGGGAAGGAGGGUUUGAGUACCGCUCAGCCAUUAUUGAAGUCAAUGAGCGAAACGCUAUAUGAAAUUGAGGGAGGACUGGGUGCUGCAAACAAGGUCAAACUCGUCAAUCAGCACCUUGCUGGUAUUCAUAUUGCGGCUUCUGCCGAGGCAAUGGGGCUAGCUGCAACGUUGGGAGUGAAUACAAAAGAAUUCUAUGAGAAGGUUUUGAAAAGUCCAGCAUGUAGUUGGAUGUUCGAAAACAGAGUCCCUCACAUGCUUUCCAAUGACUGGACACCUCACUCUGCUAUCAGUAUCUUUGUCAAAGACAUGGUAAGACUUUUCCCCCUUGGUCGCAACCUGGAAUUUCCUCCCAUCUUGAACUCUCCACUGACAUCUACUGCAGCGAAUUGUGACCUCAGAAGGCCUUCUUCAAGAUUUCCCACUUUAUAUUGCAUCUGCGACCGAGCGACUUUAUCAAUACGCCGCGCGCAUGGGAUAUGA